GCGGUCUGCAGCUCAACCGUCUUCCCCACACGGCACCGUCCAACCUUCGCCUUGAAGCGUUCACUCUUGUGGGCUAGGGCAACAGUGAACCCUGUACAGUGUAAGUCCUUGAAGUUCAGCCUACAGGCCAGCUCAGAACUGAUUGCCCCGGAGGAUUCAGAAGAUGCGCAGCACCACUAUGCUUGGCUGCUCUGAUGGAGCCUACCUUAGGCGCACUAACGAUGCACAACUGUCGGUAUAGACUGGAGGCGUGUCCGCGAGGGACCUGUAGAAGGGUGCAUUGAUUGACACACAUUGGCGGGGCUCCAGCAUGCCCGGUGCGAACAGCGUCAUCGAGAUCACUGAGCUGCCCUUGCCCCUCCCCCGCCCCCUCAGCCCAGCACGCAGCGCGCCCGCCAAGCGAUGGCCCCGUCUCCUGGGCUUGCUCUUCUUGGCGUUUGCAGCGUUUGCACUCAUCACCACCGGCGCCAGCACCGCCGCAGUGCACUACGGAGUGGAUGUCAAUGAUCUGGGCAAGAGACAGAUCCUGCCAGGCCUGCUCAGGGCGCUCUUCAUUGACGGCUGCCUCUUGUCAGCAGCAGGUUGCAGGGCAGACAACCGGGACAGGCGACCACAGUCCAGCGGAAUCACGGAGGGGACAGAGCAGGCCGCGCAGCUGGCCAGCGCCCUCAAGUUUAAGCCCAAGGAGGUCCCUGGCGUACACGAGGAAGCGGCAGCUGACCAGGUGCUGAAGGAGCUCAGCGGAGCAGAAGCCAGUCAGGUGUGGCACACAAUGAACGACACGCAGCUGUUUGCCGCUGCGCUGGCAGCUGCAGAGGGGGCAGCCGAGCCUGCUGCCGGGGCUGCCAAGGUGGCCUUCAUGUUCCUGACCAGGGGGGAGCUGCCGCUGGCGCCACUCUGGACCCGCUUCCUCAGAGGGAAGGAAGGGCGGUACUCCAUCUACGUGCAUGCGCACCCUGACUACACUUUCGGUGUUGGCCCCGACCUGUUCCGCAAGGGGCGCAUCCCCAGCCAGCCGGUGAGCUGGGGCAGCAUGGCCAUGGUGGACGCGGAGCGGCGGCUGCUGGCCAACGCACUGCUGGACCGCGCCAACGCCGCCUUCAUCCUGCUCUCCGAGUCAUGCGCGCCCAUCGCCGCCUUUGAUGACAUCUAUACCUACCUCACCAGCACGCAUCUCAGCUUCAUUGAAGCGUUCGACGACCCGAGCCCGCAGGCGCGUGGCCGUUACCACCCCGGCAUGCAGCCAGAGAUCAGCAUGGAGCAGUGGCGCAAGGGGCGCCAGUGGUUUGAGGUGACGCGGGAGCAUGCUGCGGCCAUCGUUGGCGACACGGUGUACUACCCCAAGUUCCGGGACUUCUGCACGGGCGAUGCCGAGCACCAGUUCUGCUAUCCUGACGAGCACUACUUGCAGACGUUCGCCUACAUCACGCUGCGGCACGAGAUAGCCAACCGCAGCCUGACGUACGUUGACUGGUCGCGCGGGGGCUGGCACCCCGCCACCUUCGGCUUCUGGGAGGCCACCGAGGAAUGGCUCCGCGCGAUCAAGGCUCGAGGGGAGUGCGACUGGAGUGGGCGACCGGGGCAAUGCUUCUUGUUUGUUAGGAAGGUCGACCGCACCGCGCUCAGACCCUUGAUGCAGAUGAGCGAUGAUGUGCUUGGCUAUCGAUAACCCCCGUUGCUUGGGUUCGCAUCUGUCCUCUUUUAAAUGCAACUUCUGAUUUUGACACACUGCAAUUCUCAUCAGUGGAUUCGUGGAUCAUCUUUAGUACUUUCUCGCCGUUGCUUCUCCUUUUUUCUCCCCC